AAAACGUGCCACUCACAACGUGUAGUUUGUAAACAAAAAUAAUUAAUUAAAAUGCGAUUUCAAGUGUUAGAACUAUUCAGUGGCAUUGGCGGGAUGCAUUAUGCCUUUAAAUAUGCCCAAUUGGAUGGAGAAAUAGUUGCUGCCAUGGAUGUCAACACCGUGGCAAAUGCGGUUUAUGCGCACAAUUACGGCAAUAACUUGGUGAAAACGAGGAAUAUUCAAAGUCUGAGUGUUAAGGAGAUCGGAAAGCUUCAGGCCAACAUACUGCUGAUGUCCCCGCCAUGUCAGCCUCACACUCGCCAAGGAUUGCAAAGGGACACGGAGGACAAGCGGUCGGACGCACUUACUCAUAUUUGUGGUCUGAUCCCUGAGUGCCAGAACCUGCAGUACAUUCUCAUGGAGAACGUCAAGGGAUUCGAGAGCUCACAGGCGCGAAAUCAGUUCAUUGAGGCCCUGGAACGGUCGGGAUUCCAUUGGCGUGAGUUUAUACUAACGCCCACGCAAUUCAAUGUGCCAAACACUCGAUAUCGCUACUAUUGCAUUGCCCGCAAGGGUGCUGACUUUCCAUUCGCUGGUGGCAAGAUCUGGGAAGCAAUGCCGGGAGAUAUAGCCCAGAAUCAAGUUAUUUCGCAAAUCUCCGAGAUUGUGGAGGAAAAUGUAUCUUCCGAUUUCCUGGUGCCCGACGAUGUCCUAAUCAAAAGAGUGCUGGUCAUGGACAUAAUCCAUCCUGCCCAAAGUAGAUCCAUGUGCUUCACAAAGGGCUACACCCAUUACACCGAGGGAACGGGCUCUGCAUACACACCGCUUUCGGAGGAGGAAUCCCAUCGCAUCUUCGAGUUGGUCAAGGAAAUUGACACAAAUAAUCAGGAUGGCGUAAAGUCGGAGGAGAUAUUGCAGCAACGCUUGGGCCUGUUGCACCAGGUGAAACUUCGCUAUUUCACGCCCCGGGAAGUUGCUCGUCUUAUGAGUUUCCCGGAGGAUUUUGAAUUUCCUGCAGAAACAACGAAUCGACAAAAGUAUCGACUGCUGGGAAAUAGUAUUAAUGUUAAGGUAGUUGGCGAACUUAUUAAAUUGUUGACGAUAAAAUAAAAACCACAAAAAGGAAA